GGGGUUGUUCUAUUGAUUCACUUAGCCCUAGCCGGACGGUUGUGGUGAACGCACACACGCAAGUGCGAAACUGACCGUGCUUAGACCAGCUGCUGCUGUGUGCCCCCUCUGCGGAUCCGCGCGGCGAGUAAUUGCGAAUAUUUAGUGGCAGCUUAGGAGCUCGCGUUUACACUAGCUAAGCUCAGUAUUACUUGUGGAUUUCGUGCAGCAAGCUAGUCUCAUAAAGUUCGUCAUAAUGUUAUUCAUGUGCCACCAGAUGGCGCUGGAGCAUGAAUCGAAAGCCAAGGAAAAGUCCGCCACUUCCGGUAGCAGCUCGCCGGCUGUGCAGCCCACGUACGGUGGCCACAUGCGCGAUGCCAACGUACCGAUCAUCUGGGUCCUCGGAGGGCCCGGCUGCGGCAAAGGCACCCAGUGUGCGAAGAUCGUGGCGAAGUACAACUUUUCGCACUUCAGCACCGGCGAUCUGCUGCGUGACGAGGUAGCGUCCGGUUCGGAGAAGGGCAAGGAGCUGCAGGACAUGAUGAAACAGGGCAUCCUGGUGCCGAACGAGACCGUGCUGAAGCUGCUGGAGGCUGCCAUGGUCAAGGCACUCAACGGAACGGUCGGAUAUCUGAUCGAUGGCUACCCGCGGGAACCGGCGCAGGGACCGGAGUUUGAGAAGUUCAUCGCCCCGGUGGACAUCAUCCUGUACUUCGAGUGCUCCAACGAAACACUGGUGGCUCGCAUCAUGAAACGGGCAGCCGAAUCGGCCACCGUCCGUGCCGAUGAUAACGAGGAUACGCUCAAGACACGCAUCGCCACCUUCCGGGAGAACACGGAAAAGAUCCUCGUUCAGUAUCCAACGCAACUGCGGCGGGUUAACGCGGAGCGCGCCCCGGAAGACAUUUUUGCCGACGUCGAGAAGGCCAUCGACGAACUGUUGGUGAAGAAGGGCAAAAAGUAACGCGUCGGGUGCUGUUUCUGGACGGGCCUCGCAAAAAACGUUGCACUUCGCCUCAGCAUGCAGCAAUUUAGCACAAUCACAGACCGCGAUUCGGAUUUUCCAGGACAGUGCACCUAUGCGAGAGGGGGCGUUCGGACAAACAAUUACGCUUAACAAGUUUCAAUAAUAGUUUGUAAGCGUUCAGCCAACGGGCAGGCAAGUGUUGAAUUGAGUGUGGAAUCGAUCACCAAUCGACUUUCUGUGUUUCCUUCGGAGUAGCCAGAGUAGCCGUCGUCGUCGUCGUCGUCGUCGUUUUCCCGGUUCUCGGAGUACAGUACGAUGUUUAUAAGCUAAAGAAAGCCAAAGAUAGCUAAAUUUUACAGUUUACCGUCUUUUUGCGCCACGCGUCGCUACAAGCAGCAGAUUGUUCUAAUAAAUAAGACACCAAAACG